AUGCUUCGCUCUGCCUCCAAGCCCAAGCUCUCCCUCAGCAUUGCUGCUGCCCAGAGCGCCCCCCGGCCCACGCUGUCUCUCAAGUCGCCUGUGCCGGCCCCACGGACUCCCAUUUCCCCAGCAAGUCCAGCAGCCAAGCGAUUCUCGACCUUUCAAGUCCCGAGCUACUCCUACGUCAAUUCAUGCUCAUCCAAGAGUAUCUUGAAGAAGACCUCCUCGAUAGGGACAAACGCCUCGAACAAGCGCAUUGAGUUUCAGUCCUCACCGACAGUCUACUGCGUGACGCCCAUUGAGAAUACAGACGAGUAUUACGGCAAACACACCAAGAUGUCUCGCGAGGAGAGGAGGUGGAUGGCGCGCGAGUGA